AUGGAUUCGGAUAACAAUAACAAUGCGCCCAAAGAUCUGAAUUUUGCCGAAGGCUCUGAAGGGAUGAGUACAGCCGUAGACUAUGCCCGGCCUGAGACCAGACGAAAGCCCGUUUAUGACAUGAACGAAGACAUUGUCAUCAGUGGUAUCGCCGGAAGAUUUCCCGAAUCAGACAAUAUGGAUGAAUACGCGAAGAAUCUCUUCGACAAUAUAGAUAUGGUUACUGAAGAUGACAGGCGUUGGCCAAUAGACCUAAACUCGGGAAUUGUGGGCAGAAGUGGUAAACUGAAAGAGAUCGACAAAUUUGAUUCAGUCUUCUUCAGUACAUUCGGUCUGUUGGCCGAUGCGAUGGACCCGCAGGCGAGGAUCCUCUUGGAGACCACAUAUGAAGCCAUUUGUGACGCCGGUAUUAAUCCGCAGACAUUAAGGGGAAGUCGUACUGGUGUUUAUGUGGGCAUCAAUACAAACGACUUCGAUGACUGUCGCCGGAAGGAGGCGGCCCUCUGGGUGUACGGCACGUCCAAAGCCCUGUACGCCAACAGAAUCUCGUUCAUGUUUGACCUCCACGGCCCGUCCACCCUCAUCGACACGGCCUGUUCCUCAUCGAUGGUGGCCCUCCAGAACGCGGUCGCGGAGAUGAGGACCGGCAACUGCGAGAUGGCGAUCGUGGGCACCGGGAACCUGGUUCAGGCGCCCUUCUCCAACCACGUCUACACCUCCAUCGGACUGUUAGCCUCCGACGGCAAGUGUAAGGUGUGGGACAAGAGGGCCGACGGUUUCGUGCGGUCAGAGACUGUGGGCUGUCUUCUACUGCAGCGCCGAUCGCAGGCUAAGAGAGUGUACGCGACGGUCGUUCACGCGAAGACCAAUACCGAUGGAUUCAAAUCCAUUGGUCUCUUCUCGCCGUUUUGGUUACGACAGAGAGAUCUCAUGAUUGAGACCUACGAGGAGGCGGACGUCGACCCCCAGGAAAUUAAGUUCUUUGAAUCGCACGGCACCGGCACUAAUGUGGGCGACCCUCAGGAGGCCAAAGCCAUUGCCGACGCCUAUUGUAAAGAUAGAAAAGAACCGUUACUCUUGGGUGCGGUUAAGAGUAAUUUGGGUCACUCUGAAGGCUCGUCCGGUCUGAACUCAAUCGGAAAAGUGAUUGUCAUGUUUGAGAACAAGACUAUUCCGGCGAACCUCCACUUCCAAGAGGCCAAACCUGAGAUCGAAGUCGUGGUCAAUAAGACACUGCAGCCGGUGCUGAAGAACACCGCCUUUGACGGCGGAAUCGUUGGCGUCAACUCUUUCGGUGUGGGCGGAGUGAACGCACACGCGUUGCUCAAGUCGUGGGACAAGGAGUUGGAUCCCGACGCCCACAAAAUCAUUGAUCCCAUCCCCCGACUCGUCAACGUCUGCGGCAGAACUCAAGAGGCAGUCAAUCAUAUCUUUGACUUCAUUGAGCAAAACCCGGAGAAAGUAAACCGCGAGUUCUUGGCACUGAUUGGCGAACCCAUGAAAUCUCAGGCGCCUAAAGGGUCGGCAGGUUUUCCCUACAGAGGGUAUAUGAUCGUGAAGGAGGACACCCUCGAAGACGGGACCAAACAAUUGAAAUACAACCGAACCAUCAAUAAUGCCGCGAGCUCAGUCUUGACCGAGACGAAGAGUCCUUACCCGUCAGUCACCUGUCCAUACCGCGCUGGUAACUACGUUUAG